AUGCAGGGCCAUCCCAGAGCGAUCGUGAUUGACAAUGGCGCCUACAUGGGUUCGGCCCAGAUUGAUUGGUAUGCCGGCGAGGAUGUAGACGAGUCACGGAUUGGAUUCUGCUCGCCCCGGCAACCAGUUGACAAUGGCAUAAUUGUCAACGUGGAUGACAUGGAGUUGCUCUGGAGAUAUUUAUUCGACAAGAAGCUCCGAUACGACACUGAAGGCUCCUCUAUUCUUCUAACUGAGCCGGCACUCAACUCGAAGGGUAGUAGGGAGAAAGCAGCUACUGCAUUGUUCGAGUAUUUCCACAUUGGAGCACUGAAUCUUUCCACACAGGGAUCUCUUGCAUUGUGCGCCUCGGGUCGAAAUACGGGCCUGGUAGUUGAUUCUGGCCUAUAUUCUACACGUAUCGUUCCUGUAUAUGAAGGCGUCGCGCUCCGCCACGGAGUUCAGCGCUUAGAUAUAGGCGGCCAACAAAUGACGGACUAUUUCAUCAAAACCCUGCAGGAUAGCGGUCAUGGUUUGGAGACAAGGCAGGAACAUGCUCUAGCUGCAAAUAUCAAGGAAGAGUAUUGUUAUGUUGCGCAAGACUUCGAAGGCGAAGCUCGGGCGUUUCAAGAAAGCUACACUCCACCAACAGAAACGAGUUACGCAUUGGCGGAUGGGAAGUCCAUCACGGUUGGGAAAGAAAGAUUACUUACACCUGAAGUUCUCUUCCAACCUCAUCUGAUGGGAUUCAAUGGGGAGGCUGGGAUCCACCAACUCGCUGCUGCCUCGAUAGCAAAAUCUGACGAGGUCAUCAGGGAAAUUCUCUAUGGAAACAUCGUCCUGGCAGGCGGGUCAAGCAUGUUUCCUGGAAUCGAGAGCCGGAUGCAGGCUGAGAUGACAAGACUUGUCCCUUCGCCAGCGAAAGUCGGCGUUCAUGCCCCGGCGGAAAGGAAGCAUUCGGCGUGGAUCGGAGGUGCAAUGCUGUCGUCCCUGUCAACGUUUCGGAGCAUGUGCAUCCUGGCAGCGGAAUACGAUGAGAUUGGUCCUAGUAUCGUACACCGGCGUUUUCUGUAA